GGACCUCUGAUGCAAUCUGCAAGCCAAGCAGCCACCACUGCACAGACACAAACCCCCUGACAGGUCCGAGAAAUUCCCCGAGCUCCUGCAUGCCAUUCCCCCCCGACACGGGGUACAUACCCGUCAACCUUAAUGUCGUCCCGCCGUUGCAGUUCUUCAGCGUCCAGCACCGCCAUACCGCAGCAUAGCAGUAUAUAAGAGCCACCCUCCCAUACCCAAGACACCCAGUAGACAGCACCCUUCACUCCACCCCCAUCAAACCAUCCCAGAUCCAAAAGCAAAAUGCUCUCCCUCCUUCUCACCCUCCUCGCAACCAGCACCCUCACCCUCACCCUCGCCUCCCCCUCCCCCCUCCACAAACGCUCCGUCACCUGCCUGAAGGUCGGCGCCACCGCGACAGCAUCAUGGACCAACAGCGCCGGCCAGAGCUGCACGUACACCGGCGUGGUGGGCAGUAACUACGGCGAGAACAGUGCGGGAGGCGACUACUCGUGCAACGGCCGCUGCGGCGCCGGAUGCACCGGCACCGCCAUCGGCAACGUCUACACGCAGGACUGCUGGUCGCAUGACAUCUGCAGUUACUUCAACAAUGCGUCGGGUGGGGCGAGUGACCCCAACUGCGGCGCGGCGUACGAGGCGGCCGAGGAUGAUUUCCUGUUAGGUUAUGUGGAUGGGUGCUCGCAGACGAACCCGACGAAUGCGGUGGUCAAGCCGACUGUCUCGCCGGUUUGUUCUUAA